AUGUCAACUCAUCUUCCCGCCUUGGGCCAGGACUCGGUUCGUCCUUCGACCACCGAACUCGGGAGUGAAGACAAACAAGAGGUUUAUCAUCAAGAAGUUACCGGUGACAGCUCACUGCCUCACGGCCAUCUAGUAGAUGAAAACUUGGUUAGAGCGGAGAACGAAGACAAAGUUACCCCUUACUUUGUGUUCCUUGUCUCCAUCGCGGCCGUCGCAGGGUUCUUAUUCGGUUAUGACACGGGUAUCGUCGGGUCCGCUCUUCCUAUGGUCGGGACCGACCUUGGUCACGCACUCAGCGACAAUGAGAAGGAGAUCAUCACCGCAGGUACUACCAUUGGUGCUCUGUUUGGGGCUCUGAUCCUCGGUUCUUACGCCGACAAGCUGGGACGAAAGUGGGCCAUGGCCAUCGCCGAUUUCUUCUUCACUGCCGGAGCAAUAAUUAUCGCUUCGUCUUACUCUGUAGCUCAAAUGAUUGUCGGUCGUUUAGUACUCGGAGUCGGGGUCGGUGGGGCAGCAGUCAUCGGGCCUCUCUAUAUCGCAGAACUUGCUCCUACUGCGGUACGAGGUCGAUGCAUCGGUGUUAACGCUUUCUUCAUCCCAUUUGGUCAAACCAUUGCAAGCGCUUUGGGCGCUGGAUUUGAUGCGGGAGUUCCGUAUCACAUCGGAUGGAGAGUUCUUUUCGGUCUUGGCGUCGUGCCUUCCAUUGUCCAACUGUGCUUGAUGCACUGGCUACCUGAGUCUCCCCGAGUCCUCCUUCUCCGAGGACAACCCGAAAAGGCCAAGGAAACUUUACGAACGGUAUACAAAGGUGCACCUGAGGAAGUGAUCGACUUCAAGCUCAAGGUGAUCGCGCAAUACGUCGAGGCUACCACUAUCAUGCAACGACAAUUCUCUGUCAAGGAACGAGCUAAGAAGUACUGGACUCAUAAGCCUUAUCGAAGGGCUCUCAUUGCAGUCUGCGGAAUGCAGGCUUUCGGUCAACUUACAGGUUACAACACUCUCCUCUACUACUCCGGCACCAUUUUCGGUCUUCUUGGUCUCAAGAACGGUGCUGCGGCCGGUUUGAUCCCAUCGGGUGGUAACGCCUUAUUUUUGUUCAUAGGAAUGUCAUUGGUUGACAGGGUCGGAAGACGAAAGCUCAUGGUCAACAUCUAUCCUGGUAUGAUUAUUGGUCUCGUCUGGGCAUGUAUCUCAUUCCACUUCUUGGCAAAAUCGACCGGCGGGCAGCUUAUCAGUGGACACGAGUACCCAGCUGCUCUUGUUGGAUCCCUUCUGGGCGCUAUCCUUCUCUUCGUCGCCGCCUACGGUCUUACCUACUCCCACAUGAUUUGGUAUCAAUCCGAGUUUCUCGCUCUCGAGAUUCGAGCUGUCGGUUCCGCCAUCGCCACUUGCUUCUGUUGGCUCGCAAAUCUCGUCGUCUCUGUCGCCUACCUUACCCAACUAAAAUCUCUCGGUACCGUCGGCACCUACGGCAUGUAUCUAGGUUUCAUCUCUAUCGGAUAUGUCUUCGUCUAUUUCUGCUAUCCCGAAACGAAAGGUCUGUCCAUCGAUGAAACCCGAAGCAUUUUUGAAGAUGACUUUGGUGUCAAGAAGGCUGCCGCGAUGCUUAAAGAGAAGAAGGAAAUUGCUUCUCAGCUCCACAAUCAAGCGUAA